CGACGCGAUGACGUCACUUACAUGCGCCACAACCUUCAGAGUUAUUAUAUGCUUUUUCGCUUUACAGUUAGAUACAUGAUUGUGUAAUUUCUAGCGUUAGACAUGCAGAGAGCCACGAAGUGUGCUGCGAGACUGGAUCUUAGUCGUGUUUUCUGUCCGUCAAACGUGAGGAACUGUCGUUCAGUAAACAGAGCAAAUGGCUCAGUGUUAUGUAGAAGAUACAGUGUCCUUCCUCCACCACAUGACAAAGAGGAGAAAGCCAUGCUGGACAGUAUGUUGAGGGUUGACCAUGCAGGAGAAUACGGAGCCAAUCGCAUCUAUGCUGGGCAGAUGGCAGUUCUUGGAAGAACUCAGACAGGGCCUCUAAUCCAGCAUAUGUGGGACCAAGAGAAGAUGCAUUUGGAAAAGUUUAAUGAGAUCCUGGGUGAGCAUCGGGUUCGACCAACAUUAUUGUUGCCGUUGUGGAAUAUCGCUGGGUUUGCAUUAGGGGCCUGUACUGCUCUCUUGGGCAAGGAAGGGGCCAUGGCCUGCACUGUUGCAGUGGAGGAGAGCAUCACAGAGCACUACAACAGCCAAAUUCGAACAUUAAUGGAGGCUGACCCAGAGAGAUACACAGAGUUACUACAGCUUAUUAAAGAAUUUCGUGAUGAUGAAAUAGAACAUCAUGACACAGGAUUGGAGCAUGACGCUGAGUCGGUACCAGGAUAUUUCCUUUUGAAAACAGUAAUACAGGCUGGCUGUAACGCUGCUAUCUAUAUUUCUAAGCGUAUUUAGAGUCAUUUAACAAUGCAUGACAUGUAAAUAUUGUUUUGUUUCUGUCAGUCGUGUAAGAAACUGAUUUAAGGAGAGCAUGUUUUGAAAGAGUUGAAUCGGUUUAUGUGGUGCUGAAAAAAAAAAAAAACUUCUGACAUCUACAACAUUUGAAACAACUUUGUAAUUAAAAAUAUAAACAUAAUGUAC